GUUAUUGGCUGACAGAUCUGUCAAUCUAAUCUCGAGCCAGAACACGUCACGAGCGUGUGGGUUGGGCAUAAAAGAGCUCGGUGCAGUCUUGUGAUUUAGGGAGUUGGGAGAGAGUGGAUGUGUAGGAAGGCGCGUGCUGGUAGUAAAGGACUCACCUGGACAAUGGAUUUCCGUGUUGUGUGUGUCUUCUGUCUCGCGCUGCUGCUGGGGCUCUCCCACUCUGAACAGGUGAAGUUUGCAGACUGCGGCUCAACUGUUGGAGCUGUGACGAUGGUGGAGGUUACUCCCUGCCCAAAUCAGCCAUGCCAGCUUCACAAAGGACAGUCCUACGCUGUGAACGUGACCUUCAACAGCUUGGUUGACAGUCAGACAAGCAAAGCAGUGGUCCAUGGUGUGAUUGCUGGAGUCCCUGUCCCCUUUUCAAUCCCCAUUGAUGACGGCUGCAAGUCUGGAAUCCAGUGCCCUAUUCAGGCACAAAAAUCCUACAGUUAUGUCAACCAGCUUCCUGUAAAACCAGAGUAUCCAUCAAUAAGACUGGUUGUGGAGUGGGAACUUCGAGACGACUCCAGUAAAGAUUUGUUCUGUAUCAAGUUCCCUGUCCAGAUUGUCGCCUGAUGGUCAACUCCAGCAAAGUAAAACCUCAAGUGGGAUAUUAUGGGGUUUAUUUUAAAAAAAGGAACUUUAAUUUUAGAAAUGAGAAUCUUUUUACAAUGUUUGUUUUUCCUAAUUAUUAAUUAACUCAUUUUAGUAAUACUCUAUCAUCUCAGUAAUUGUAAGAAUGUUUUAAGUGAUUGAUGCUGCUCUGGUUACCCAGCGUAAUCCCAAUUUUCUAUCUAAAUAUGAAUUUUUUUAAUAUUGAACUUUAAUCCAAUAUAAAUCUGUCUGAAAUAAAGAACUUUUUAAACUAA